GGCAGAGUGCUCACAACGGCUAUCACUUGAUAACCUGGAAUUCCAACGUUGACUAUCGUAGUUAACCUAGAACUUUAUAGUUGCCGGUUACCUAACGUAACGUUAGCUAGCUAAGUUAACGUUAGCUAACUAGGUGUAGUGGCACUUGGGUUAUUUUCUAGCUAACAGAAAAUUUCGGAUGUGGUCACUUGUAUUGGUGAACUGUUCCUGAAGCUGCACUUGGAAGACAGAGCCUACAAGUGCCAAUCCGUGUGGGUUGGCGUUCCCUCUGCAACAUGUCCAAGAGCAAGAGCUCUGAGUCGGUCAAGGUGGUGGUCCGUUGUCGCCCUAUGAAUGAAAAAGAGCGGGCAGCCAAGUUUGAAAGGGUGGUAUCUGUUGAUGUCAAAUUGGGCCAAAUUAUUGUCAGGAACCCCAGGGAGGCUUCAGCCAGCGAACUCCCCAAAAUCUUCACUUAUGAUUCAGUCUAUGACUCGAACUCCAAACAAAUAGAUUUGUACGAUGAAACCUUCAGGCCCCUGGUGGAUUCAGUUCUACUUGGGUUCAACGGGACCAUUUUUGCCUAUGGGCAGACCGGUACAGGGAAGACGUACACAAUGGAGGGGGUGAGAAACGAUCCAGAGAGGAGAGGGGUGAUCCCUAACUCCUUUGAGCAUGUCUUCACUCACAUUUCACGGUCCCAGAAUCAACAGUACCUGGUGAGAGCAUCAUAUCUAGAAAUUUACCAAGAGGAGAUCAAAGACUUGCUCUCCAAAGACCAGUCGCGUCGUCUGGAGCUCAGGGAGAGGCCUGACACGGGUGUGUACGUUAAAGACCUUUCGUCGUUCGUCACCAAGAGUGUGCGGGAGAUCGAACAUGUCAUGAAUGUGGGAAACCAGAAUCGUUCAGUGGGCGCCACUAACAUGAAUGAACACAGCUCGCGUUCUCACGCCAUCUUUGUCAUCACUGUUGAGUGCAGUGAGUUGGGUGUCGACGGGGAGAACCAUAUCAGAGUCGGCAAACUGAACCUGGUGGAUUUAGCCGGCAGUGAAAGGCAGACCAAGACCGGCGCUCAGGGGGAGAGGCUCAAAGAAGCCACAAAGAUCAAUCUGUCGCUCUCGGCUCUGGGGAACGUCAUAUCAGCUCUGGUGGACGGCAGGAGCAGCCACAUCCCCUACCGAGAUUCAAAACUCACCCGUCUGCUGCAGGACUCUCUGGGGGGCAACGCCCGCACUGUCAUGGUCGCCAACAUUGGCCCGGCAUCCUACAACGUGGAGGAGACCUUGACAACGCUGCGCUAUUCCAACAGGGCGAAGAACAUCAAGAACAAACCACGUAUCAACGAGGACCCCAAGGAUGCCCUGCUCAGGGAGUUUCAGGAGGAGAUCGCGCGGCUGAAGGAACAGCUGCAAAAGCGCUCGGGAAAGAAGAAAAGGAGGAGGCAGAGGAGGAGGGCCGGGGAAGGGAGCGACGGUGAGGAUCUGGAGGAAGGAGAGACGGAGGACGACGAUGAAGAGGGGGACGACAAAGGGGAUUACUGGCGGGAGCAGCAGGAGAAGCUGGAGAGAGAGAGAAAGGCCAUCAUGGAGGAUCAUAGUCUGGUGGCUGAGGAGAAAGCUCGGCUGCUUAAAGAAAAAGAGAAGAAAAUGGAAGAUUUGAAGAGGGAGAAGGACGCCGGAGAGAUGCUUGCAGCCAAAGUGAAAGCGAUGGAGAGUAAGCUCCUAGUAGGGGGGAAGAACAUUGUGGACCACACCAAUGAGCAACAGAAAAUGCUGGAGCUGAAGAGGCAGGAAAUCGCUGAACAGAAACGGCGAGAGCGAGAGAUGCAGCAGCAGAUGGAGAGUCGUGACGAGGAGACUCUGGAGCUGAAGGAGACCUACAGUUCUCUGCAGCAGGAGGUCGACAUCAAAACCAAGAAGCUGAAAAAGCUGUUUGCCAAGCUGCAGGCAGUGAAGGCAGAAAUCCAUGACAUCCAGGAGGCGCACAUCAACGAGCGCCAGGAGCUGGAACAGACCCAGAACGAGCUCACCAGGGACCUCAAACUCAAGCAUCUGAUCAUCGAGAACUUCAUUCCCUUAGAGGAGAAGAACAAAAUAGUCCACAGGGCUUACUUUGAUGAUGAGGACGAAUACUGGAAAACGAAGCCCAUCACACGUAUAGAGGAUGACCAUCAGAUGAUGACCAGGCCUUUGUCAGCGGUUGGCUACAGGAGGCCUCUGAGUCAGCAUGCUCGCAUGGCCAUGAUGAUGAGGCCUGAAAUGAGAUACAAAGCUGAAAACAUCAUGAUGCUGGACAUGGAUCUGCCCGCUCGGACCACUAAAGAGUAUCAGGAGCCGGUUAUCGCCCCAAAGGUGGCGGCGGCUCUCGAGGACGCUCUUAGGGAUGAGGAUGAGAUCCAGGUAGAUGCCUCAGGCUUUCACAGCAGCUUGGGAUCAACCCCGCCCGCCAGCGGCAGCCUCAAGAAACCAAAGUCUGGUCGACCAAGAACAGGCAAGAAGUCGAGCACCCCGACCUCUCCAUUCAUCCCCUCAAGUCCAGGAUCCCCGCUUUACCCACAAUCCCGCGGCCUGGUGCCCAAGUGACAGCUUCUACAACUAAUAUCGCCGCCAACCUCUCUUUUGCACCUUUCCACUUUGGGACUCAACUUUAAGAGAAGAGGUUUUAUGUCAAGAUGACAGAAUAUUGGAUUAAGACUAAUGCUGCUUCGUAGGUUUUAACUGUAACCACACCACUUAUAACUGCUGUCAUAAGCUUUAUGAUUUUGGAGAUUUGAAACCCCUCCUCCUGAGUCAGUACGACACUAGGACAGCAGCCACGCAUGAAGCCUAAUAUCACUCUACACUGUUCCCUUUCCCUACAUUUGGCUUAAUGCCACCGAUGUCUUAUAUACUGUAUAUAUGUCACAAUGUUCUUAAUGUAUAGAAAGAAAUGAUGGACUGGCACUGCAGUAUCCCCAAUGCACUUCUUCUUCCUAUCUUCCCAGAUCUGUGUUGGGUGUAGUCCUCUCUUACUGUAAGUGUGGACAUUGGUGGGAGGGGUGGUGGGGUUGACGUGAAGACACAUGGACUAGACAGCUCUGCUGUCACCUCUGCCUGUCAGUAACAGGCUGUGCGUGCGUGUGUGUGUGUGUGUGUGUGUGUGUGUGUGUGUGUGUGUGUGUGUGUGUGUGUGUGUGUGUGUGUGUUUGUCAGUGUGUUGUAUGUCUGGCCACAUAUCUAUGUGUGUCUUUACGUCAAACAUUUCAGUUUAUGUCAAACAGCGCAGUUCAUUUCCAUUGUUGGAGCUCUGAUAAUGUUAGAAUGGAGCUUUAUUUCUGGCGUUUGUUUUGUGUCUCAAAGGAAUACUUCAAAAUUUUGGGAAAUAAGCUUAUUUGCUAUUUUUUUUGCUAGUAAGACGAGAACAUAAAUAACACAACAAUGUGUUAAUUGGUAGGUGGAUGGACAUAGCCAACUGCUAGCCCUCUGCUUCCAGUCUUCAUGCUAAGCUCAUCACAAAUAAGUGUGUUUGCUAAUUUCGAACUAUUCCUUUAGACUGAAAUGCGCAGGCCAGAAAGUGAAGCACACUACAGACGUGUCGUGUCAUAAGUUGCUGUAAUCGGUAGAUGCUGUUCUUCCUGGGGCACACGAGGUAGAGGUGGGGAACGAUGGGAGAGAGCUCAACACAUUUACACACCCACUAUGGACACAUUCUAGGUUGCAGGACAUUGCAGUUGGCCACCAGACAUCCUAGCAAGACCAAUGCCAAGCAUUACCUGGGUCACUUCAAAGUUACUGUCCCGGGAUGUGCCUCUUGAUUCAUCAGGGUUCCAAGGUGCCUUAACCUGUGUCCUUAAUCUCUGCUCCCGUUAUUUGAAGUGUGCGCACACAUUCUUCUCGGCUUGUGUUUUUUCAUCACUUCAUCUGCUCGUUCGUUCCAGCAUCAGGGAAUUGUCACUACGGUCCAGAUAUUUCUGUCGGAAUGGGGUGCACUCGUUAUGUGGAGAGGCAGAGCAUUUGGACACAGCAUUCAACAACACCAGGUUUCUGGGUAAGGGCCACAGGAAGUCAAGGCACGCAGAGGGUGAUGUAUUCCCCCUCUGUUUUUUAUACCUCAUUUACCAUUGUGUAGAACUGGUUGGUCUAACAGAACACUAAAACCCCCAGGGGAGUGCUGAGCUCUUGACAGUAGUGGUGCUACAAAACUCAGUCGAAACACCACAGACGUCUAUAUCUGAAUACGCAAAUCAUUCUCUUCGUAUGCCUACAGAUGAACAAUAUGCAGUUUUAGCCUCCCUGGUUCAGCCGGCCUCUCUGCUGCUCUCUGUUCCCCAUACUCGAUAUACUGUGAGGGGUGUGCUGUCCGCUCGCUGCUACUGUGUAGGGUCUUACAACCCACUGUGACAUUUCAACAGGCCUGGGUCAAAUGGCAAAUUUAAGUCCUGUCAGGUAUGCAUGCAGUUGUGUCUAGGAUCAGUGUCUAGCAUCAACCAUCAAGCCUGUUUCAGUUGCUAACAAUUGAAAGUACUUCAAACUAAAGAAUCUCUCUUGCUGUUUGACCCAUGUCUGCAUACCUUAUAUAUGUAAUAAUGAAUAUAGACCUGUUGAUAGGCAAUCCUCAGUCACUUUUGCAGAUAUUUACAAAAAAAAAUACAAAAAUGGGUUUCCAUAUUGAAAAAAAUCUAACUUAAUCUUUCAUUUUUAUACACAGAUGUAGAUAUAAUUUUCUAUUCAGUUUUUUUCUUUAAAAUAGAUUAUUGUUUUAUUUUUUGAUCUUUGUAAUUUAAUGUUGACAUUUUAUUUUUUUGCGUUAUACAUGUACUGUGUGUCUUCGUUUGUAUUCAUCAAGGAACAGGCUUUAGUUGUUUGCGCUUACACUUUAAAAUGCUUUAGUCGAUAUGUUUUCCAUACGGAAGAUAAAACCGUGGGUCAGCUGUUGCACAUUGUUGAUUUGGGGAAGUGUGGAGACUGCUUAUAGAAAGCGGAGAUUCACGUCACAGUUGAGUACAUGUUCACUGUACAUUUAACUUAAACAAUCUUUAGAAUAAGGCCUAAUUGUUGUAACUAACAUUGCAAUGCUGUAUACCUGAUGCAUGAUUUUAGCAGGCUUCAGUAAUACCUUUGGUGGUGUGAGUAUUCAUUCAUAGGAAUUUGGUGAAAAUGUGAAUACCUUCUGCAUCUGUAGCCCAUAGCACAUCACUGGAUCCAAACUCCAUAUCUAAGACUUUUGUGACCAACGUUUAUGUGAUGGUGGUUUUUUAAAGCCAAAUAACGAUGCAGAUGCACUUCUGUCUGUGGCUGGCCAUGUUUUCAACUUGUUUAGUUUCUUUUAAUGAAUAAAGACAAUUCAAUGAUAACAAA